CACCGACAUCGCGGACUUCGGCAUUGGAAGUCUUACGCAGUAUCCGCUCAGUUUGGCUAAAGGGAUUGUAUCUGACAGCGCCCCCAAAAAUCGCAUUCCGUGAAUAAACAAGUAAAACUCAUCAAUUUCGACGAAUUUUCCGUGAAAAUGGCGAAUUACUCAGAAGAUCAGCUGGCAGAAUUCCUGGAGGCUUUCAAUUUGUUUGACAAUCGCGGAGACGGGAAGAUUCAACUGAAUCAGGUGGGGGAGUGUUUGAGGGCACUGGGGCAGAAUCCUACGGAGUCUGAUGUGAAGAAGUGCACGCAUCAGUUGAAGCCGGAUGAGAGGAUCUCCUUUGAGGUCUUCCUGCCGAUCUAUCAGGCAAUCUCCAAGGCGCGUUCCGUCGAUACGGCCGAUGAUUUCAUCGAAGGCCUGAGGCACUUUGACAAGGAUGCCUCGGGCUUCAUUUCAACGGCUGAACUUCGGCAUCUGCUCACCACGUUGGGCGAGAAGCUCACGGAUGACGAAGUGGAGCAAUUGCUGAGCAAUCAGGAAGAUUCCCAGGGCAAUGUCAACUAUGAGGAAUUUGUCCGAAUGGUCAUGAGUGGUUAGAAAAAAGGAAAACAUUCUUCCAGCAAUUUCCAGAUUAGCAUUUUCAUGCAUUUCUUUCCCUCCCUGAAUUUUUUCUUUUUUAAUAAAAUCACAAGUCCCAAAAUUUUUCUCCCUCUCACUUCCAAAUUCGAAACAAGGACAAGUAUUAACUUCUUUAUAAUUAUCAAAUUGUGAAUAUAUUGAUAAUUUUUAUCCAA